AUGGUCAAAGAUGAAGUCAAAAAACUCACGGAAGAUUUUGUUGUAUCGACCCAUGUUGCCCCCCGCUGUAUAUUGAAGAUCAUUGACCGUGAUCAAUACGGUCCUAUCCCCAAAUCCUCCACCCUGUUCGCUCUGACCUCGAUGUUUCACCACUGGUCACAAGCUACAGACGGUACAGGUGCAACCGCUGAAGUCGUGUUAUUUGACUAUCGCAAGGCCAUUGAUCUCAUCGAUCAUAAGAUACUUGUCGCUAAGAUCAUCGGUCUCGACAUGCCGCACAGCAUCAAAAUCUGGGUGACUGAUUUUUUGACGAAUCGACACCAAAGCGUCAAGUUGUCCUCUGACUGCUUCUCUGAGUGGGGCCCAGUCCCCGCCGGAGUUCCUCAUGGGACCAAGUUCGGCUCAUGGCUUUUCUUGCUCAUGAUCAAUGAUCUCAACGUUGUCGCUCCCACGUGGAAGUAUGUUGACGAUACGACAAUCUCCCAAACCAUACCCCGCGACUCCCUGGGUGACGUACAUCACGCUGUUACUGCUGUGGAGGAAUGGUCUUGGUCUCAGUGGAUGCAGCUCAAUGCCGACAAGUGCAAGGAGAUGAUUAUUGACUUCAAGUAG